AUGAAAGGUCUAACAGCGAACGAAGUGACUUUCGACCCAUCUAACAGACCUGACAAUCAUUCCCUCGAACUGGCAAGGGAAUACGAACAAUCCUUACAGAGGGAUAUGGAAAGAUCCCUGGUGAAUGUCUCUCAAGUGUAUCCGAAACACCUCGAUCCAUCUAAUCCAGAACAUUUCAUAGAGCUCACUAAAGAAGGCGAAAAAAGUUGGGCAGAGACCUGUAAGAGCUAUAUAGAGACUUAUGGAUCGGGCAGCGAUAGUAGAUUUAGGAAUACCUACAAGUCGGUAUUUGACUGUAAGGAGCGGAGCCAGUUUAGUGAUUCGGGUAGAAUCGGUUGGAUGAGGUACGAGAGGGAAGUUGAGAGGAUGAAAGAAUCGAGAAGCGAGGAGCAGAGGCCUUGA